AUGGGCAAGAUGUGGGGCGACGACGCUUUGCCGCAGAGGAUGGUCACCUUCCUGGUUGGCGACGACGAGGAGCGCAUCGAGCACGUGAGCAAGAACGCCCUCUGCGUUCGGUCCGUGUUCUUUCGGACCAUGUUUGGCAUCGGCCUGAAGGAGCGCGACGCCGCCGAGGUCACGGUGCCCAAUGCCGACCUCGGCGAGGGGGAGGGCGAGCAGGCGCGGCGCGCGCUCGUCUUGCGGCAGCUGGCGCAGAUGUACCAGGUGCCGCGCCUCGAGCUGCUCUGCGCGCAGGCGCUGCAGGAGAGCGUCGGGCCGGCGACCGCCGUGCCGCUGCUCGAGGCGGCGCACACGACGGGCGACGGGCGGCUCCUCGCGCAGUGCCGCCGCUUCGUGGCCGACCACGCCGCCGAGGUGCGGGCGAGCGGCGGCGUGGAGCAGCUGCGCGACCUGGGCGUGGCCAAGGGGCUGCUCGGCGACGCUCUCGACCAGGUGGCGGAGCUCAAGGGGGCGCUCCGCAGCCACUCGCGCUCGUAG